UUUUUAUAUUUGUUCAAAGACUUCCAUUUACUGUCAAUAAAACCCAUUGUGGUUAGGGUUGAUGAGAAAAGCCUGCGACCUAAUUGAGAGAGAGAGAAAGGAGCAAAUUAGGAAGCCACGAAGAGCUAAGAGCAAGCUAAGAGACAUGCCUGGACCUGCCACGUACAAAAGGCGUCUUCCACCAGCUCAUUAUUCAUUGAAGAUACAAUCGUUUUCGUUGUUAUCAAAAUCCAAUGUGGACAAGUAUGAAUCCGGUGUUUUCAAAGCUGGGGACUACAAUUGGAGCCUAUCUCUUUACCCUAAUGGAGACAAGGACAAUAACGGGUCGGGAUUUAUUUCCUUCUAUUUGUCAAUAGAGGAGACAGAUAAGCUUACUGGUGGUUGGGAGGUUGACGUCAACUACAGGCUUUUUGUGUAUGACAAGAUACGAGAAAUGUACUUGACCAUCCAAGAUGCUAAUGGGGCAGUGAGGAGCUUCCAUGGCUUGAAGACCCGAUGGGGGUUUCCUCAGUUUCUUUCUUUGGAUACAUUCAAAGAGCCUUCGAAUGGGUACCUUGUGGGCGACUGUUGUAUAUUUGGGGCCGAGGUUUUCGUCAUCAAAUCUACGGGCAAUUGGGAGUCUCUUGCCAUGAUCAAAGACCUGCCGAACAAGACAUUCCCUUUGAAGAUCCCAAACUUCUCCAAAGUGGACAAGAGCUGUCACUAUUCUGACCCCUGCACCGUUGGAGAGAGUAAAUGGAGGCUCCAAGUGUUUCCCAAAGGCUAUGCGGCCAACCAAGGGAAGUCAUUGACCGUUUACUUAGAGUUACUUGGUGCUCGAGACCUUCCUCCCAAGAGAAAAGUAUACUGUGAGUAUAAUCUGCGCGUUUUGGACCAGCUGAACGGUAACCAUAAGGAGCAUAAAGGUAGCGGUUGGUUCACUGCAUCAGCACCAAUCUGGGGUUACGGAGACUUUAUGUCCUUAGAGAAUCUGUGUAAGCCAUCGAAAGGGUUUAUUUACAAUGAUGUUCUGAUUGUUCAAGUCCAAUUCCUUGCGGUGUCGGUCGCCAAGGUCGCUGCAGUUUGACGGCUCUAAUUUCAUAUUAUUUCCUUCGAUGUUGUCAUAAGUUAAUUGAGAACAGUUUCUGUCAACCAGUUUGUCAAUGGAGUUUUUCCCCCUUGUUUAGUUUCUCCCUCCAUUUGAUGGAGUGAAAUCCCGCGAAUUGAUGCAUUCAUUGUUGAGUUUAUUGUGCUGAGCCAAUAUAGGAUUCCCCGAGUUCAA